AGACUGACACCCACCCCUCAAAGGCAGAGAUAGCAACAACAAAAAAUUACCAUUGAAAGCAAACCAGGAGGCCUUGAUGUUUGCCAGGAUGUCUGAGCUCCGGGUUCUGCUGUUAAUUGUUCUGAUGGGAAAGUCUGUAGCCGGGUUCUUCUUGAAGCCGUUUCCCGAUGACCUGGACCCCGAUUGGACCCCUGACUUGUAUGACUACAGCUAUGAGAAAGACAACCAGGACAAGAACACCAAUUCUUCACUGGCCUACUCUGAGAAUCCUGACUGGUAUUAUGCAGGUGAUGAUCCGUGCCAGUCCAAUCCCUGUGAACACGGUGGGAGCUGCGUCAUUACUGGGGACACCUUCAGGUGCAGCUGUCGGUCCCCCUUCUCUGGGAACAGGUGUCAGAGCGUGGAAACCAGGUGCAAGAACAACCCAUGUGGCCAAGGUGAAUGUCUCAUCACCCGGAGUCCUCCCUACUACCGCUGUGCCUGCAGACACCCUUACACAGGUCCAGACUGUUCCAGAGUGCUUUCAGUGUGCCGGCCAAAUCCCUGCCAGAAUGGCGGCACCUGCUCGCGCCAUAAGAGGAGAUCCAGAUUCAAGUGCAUCUGUUCUGACCAGUUCAACGGAAGAUUCUGCGAAAUAGGUUCUGAUGACUGCUAUGUUGGUGAUGGCUACUCAUACCGGGGAAGAGUGAGCAGGACAGUCAAUCAGCACACAUGUCUUUACUGGAACUCCAACCUCCUCUUGCAGGAGAACUACAACAUGUUUAUGGAGGAUGCUGAGGGCCAUGGGAUCGGGGAGCACAACUUCUGCAGAAACCCAGACGGAGACCAAAAGCCCUGGUGUUUUAUUAAAGCUAAUAGUGAAAAGGUGAAAUGGGAGUACUGUGAAGUCCCAGCUUGCUCCACUCUAGAGACUGACAACCCAGGACAGAACCCAGUGGACUCUUCAAUCCAGCCUUUGGGAUUUGACUCCUGCGGGAGAACUGAGGUUGCAGAGAGGAAGAUCAAGAGGAUCUAUGGAGGCUUUAAGAGCACAGCGGGCAAGCACCCGUGGCAGGCAUCCCUGCAGACCUCACUGCCUUUGGCCUCCUCCAUGCCCCAAGGCCACUUCUGCGCGGGUGUGCUGAUCCACCCCUGCUGGGUGCUCACUGCUGCCCAUUGUACUGACAUAAAGGCCAAACAUCUAAAAGUUGUGCUAGGGGACCAGGACCUGAAGAAGACAGAAUUCCACGAGCAGACCUUCAGGGUGGAGAAGAUAAUCAAGUACAGCCACUACACCGAAAGAGACGAGAUUCCAUACAACGAUAUUGCUUUGCUCAAGUUAAAGCCAGUGGAUGGGCACUGUGCUCUGGAGUCCAAAUAUGUGAAGACUGUUUGUUUGCCUGAUGAUUCCUUUCCCUCGGGGACUGAGUGCCACAUCUCUGGCUGGGGUGUGACAGAAACAGGGGAAGGGUCCCGCCAGCUUCUGGAUGCAAAAGUCAAGCUGAUUGCUAACACGUUAUGCAACUCCCGAAGACUCUAUAACCAAAUGAUCGAUGACAGUAUGAUUUGUGCAGGAAACCUUCAGAAACCUGGGCCAGACACCUGCCAGGGUGACUCUGGAGGUCCUCUGACCUGUGAGAAAGACGGCAUCUACUACGUCUAUGGGAUCGUGAGCUGGGGCCAGGAAUGUGGGGAAAAGCCAGGGGUCUACACCCAAGUUACCAAGUUCCUGAGCUGGAUCAAAACCACAAUGCAAAAGGAGGCUGUCUUCUAAGGUGCAGUCCUGGAACUCAGAGCCCAUCCUCCUCUACACCAGACUAAGCAGACCUCACGGACAGCGAGGAAUACGCGCUGGAGUACCCAGGAGGCCACACAGCAGAGUACCCUGCUCUGGGCAGAGAUGAUGCUGCCCACCCUGGGCCUCGCUGGCCAGCGUCCACACCACUUGCCAGGCUCCCCUGCCUCCCUGGGGAUCCCAGGAACGAUGGACGCAGCUAAAUGUAUGGUGUUUGCCUCCCUUCUGCCAACUGUACCUUCUAGAAAAUCAGUGUUCACAGAGACUGCCUCCACCAGGGACGCCCACAGACGUGAGACCCCGGAACGCCCCACUCCCG